AUUGCCUGGACAGCGACCCUGAGAGCUAGCAGGUCUGUAAUUCCACACUGCUUUUUGGUUUUUUCCUUUAUACAUUUUGUAAAAAGAAUCUUCCUUUAAAAGCAAAAGAAGAAAUAUAUAUCAGAAUUUUCCAGGUUAGUAUCAGAAUUCUCAUCAUCUCUGUAGACAUCUCUGUGAGUGUCAGGUGUUGAGUGAACUCACCUUGUUCAUCCAGUUCCAGUGCAGACUCGGGGGCUCAUCAUACAGAGCAGGUCUGUUCUGACUGCUGCAGCCGUCUCAGAUUGGCUUUCAGGAUGCGGUACACAGGGCUAAUGGGAACACUGCUCACCUUGGUCAACCUGCUGCAGCUGGCUGGGACUCUGAGAAUUGCAGCCUUCAACAUUCGGACUUUUGGGGAGACUAAGAUGUCCAAUGCUACCCUCUCUGUAUACUUUGUGAAAAUCCUGAGUCGCUAUGACAUCGCUGUUAUCCAAGAGGUCAGAGACUCCCACCUGGUUGCUGUUGGGAAGCUCCUGGAUGAACUCAAUCGGGACAAACCUGACACCUACCGCUAUGUAGUCAGUGAGCCGCUGGGCCGCAAAAGCUACAAGGAACAGUACCUUUUUGUGUACAGGCCUGACCAGGUGUCUAUUCUGGACAGCUAUCAAUAUGAUGAUGGCUGUGAACCCUGUGGAAAUGACACCUUCAGCAGAGAGCCAGCCAUUGUUAAGUUCUUUUCCCCAUACACUGAGGUCCAAGAAUUUGCGAUCGUGCCCUUGCAUGCAGCCCCAACAGAAGCUGUGAGUGAGAUCGACGCCCUCUACGAUGUUUACCUAGAUGUCUGGCAAAAGUGGGGCCUGGAGGACAUCAUGUUCAUGGGAGACUUCAAUGCUGGCUGCAGCUACGUCACUUCCUCCCAGUGGUCCUCCAUUCGCCUUCGGACAAGCCCCAUCUUCCAGUGGCUGAUCCCUGACAGUGCGGACACCACAGUCACAUCAACACACUGUGCUUAUGACAGGAUUGUGGUUGCUGGAGCUCUGCUCCAGGCUGCUGUUGUUCCCAACUCGGCUGUUCCUUUUGAUUUCCAAGCAGAAUACGGACUUUCCAACCAGCUGGCUGAAGCCAUCAGUGACCAUUACCCAGUGGAGGUGACACUCAGAAAAAUCUGAUGUCAUUGAGCAGUUCAGCCAUACUGCUUCUGGUGAGGAAGAAUCCACUUCAACUCUAUUUGGUACUACAGCAUUCCACCAUCUCAGAACAGAGAAAACGUCUGCCACGGGGACUAAGAAAUACUGUUUAAUUGAAGUAAAUAAAGCUGAGCUCAAGCA